AUGCGCGCGCGAGUGCUUGAGUGCUCCGCUAGGCUGAGGCACCGAGGACCGGACUGGAGCGGCGUGCACGUGCACAACAACAACUUCCUCGCGCACGAGCGUCUCGCUAUUGUCGACCCCGCUUCUGGCCACCAGCCGCUCUACAACGAGACCAAGGAGAUCAUCGUCACGGUGAACGGUGAGAUCUACAACCACGAGGCUCUGAAGAAGAGCCUCAAGCAGAAGCACUCCUUUAGCACGGAGAGCGACUGCGAAGUCAUUGCUCACCUGUACGAGGAGCACGGGGAGGAGCUGGUGCAGGAGCUGGACGGCAUAUUCGCGUUCGUGCUGCUGGACACGCGAGACAACUCCUUCAUCGCUGCGCGCGACCCCAUCGGCGUGUGCUCCAUGUACAUCGGCUGGGGGCGUGACGGUUCCGUGUGGUUUGCCUCGGAGAUGAAGGCCCUCAAGGACGAGUGCGAGCGGUUUGAGAUCUUCCCGCCUGGCAAAAUCUACUCCAGCAAGCAGACACCCCCCAUGAGGCAGUGGUACAACCCCAAGUGGUUCGACGAGCACAUCCCUGACACGCCCUAUGAUCCCCUCGUGCUGCGAGCUGCUUUUGAGAAGGCGGUGACAAAGAGGCUGAUGACGGACGUGCCGUUCGGCGUGCUGCUGUCGGGGGGGCUGGACUCGUCGCUGGUGGCGUCGGUGGCCAAGCGCCAUCUCUCAGAGACACGUGCGGGCGAGCAGUGGGGGCCGCACCUGCACUCCUACUGUGUCGGCAUGGAGGGCUCUCCGGAUCUCAAGGCAGCCAAGGAAGUGGCCGACUAUAUCGGCACUGUUCACCACGAGCUGCACUUCACUGUCCAGGAGGGCAUAGACGCCAUAUCAGAUGUGAUCUACCACAUAGAGACGUACGAUGUGACCACCAUCCGCGCCAGCACGCCCAUGUUCCUCAUGAGCCGCAAGAUCAAAGCGCUGGGCGUCAAGAUGGUGCUGUCGGGGGAGGGCAGUGACGAGGUGUUCGGGGGCUAUCUUUAUUUCCACAAGGCGCCCAACAAGAAGGAAUUUCAUGAGGAGACGUGCCGCAAGCUGAAGGCGCUGCACCAGUUUGACUGCCUGCGCGCCAACAAGGCCACCAUGGCAUGGGGGCUGGAGGCCCGAGUGCCGUUCCUGGACAAGGAGUUCCUGGAGACAGCCAUGAGCAUCGACCCCGAAGCCAAGAUGAUCAAGCCCAAGGAGGGGCGCAUUGAGAAGUACAUUAUCCGCAAGGCCUUUGACGACCCCGAGAACCCCUACCUGCCCCAUCACAUCCUGUAUCGCCAGAAGGAGCAAUUCUCUGACGGCGUGGGGUACAGCUGGAUUGACGGGCUGAAGGCACACGCGGAGAACAUGGUAUCGGAUCAGAUGCUGGCCAACGCGCCCAACAUGUUCCCCAUCAACACGCCCCAGACCAAGGAGGCCUUCUUCUACCGCAUGACCUUCGAGAAGCACUUCCCCCAGCUGUGUGCUCGCUUGACGGUGCCAUGGGGAAAGAGUGUAGCGUGCAGCACAGAGGCUGCAGUCAAGUGGGACGCGGCCUGGGCCAACAACAUUGACCCCUCCGGCAGAGCUGCUCUGGGCGUGCAUAACGCGUCGUAUGAGGGCAAGGAUGGGGAGAAGAAGGCUGAGGGUGAGGAGGACGGGAAGGAGAAUGGUAAGGAGAAUGGGGAUGCCAAGGAGGAGGAGCCUGCUGCUAAGAAGGCCAAGACUGAUGCUUGA